AUGGCGUUCACUGCGGCCUCCGUUACGCUUCUCAUUCUGUUCACCACACUUCUGUUGGUACCGAGAUUUACCGGCUAUGUGUUGCGUGCAGCUCUCCGCAGUGCUGGCUGGUUCCUCAAGAACAGGACCAACGGCCGGAGAGAAGUGAUACUCUCGCGCGUGCGCCUUGAAGAAGAAGAUUAUCGAUCUAGAAACCCAUAUUCGACGGCGGGACCAGAGGAUGAAGACUGGGAAAAGGUAGACUCAGCACCAGGGGUGGCGAAGAACGGAGAACCAUUGGGCGAAAACUGGGAAGGGAUCAUAGGUUUCUUCCAUCCUUUCUGUAACGCUGGUGGAGGUGGAGAGCGUGUACUCUGGGCUGCUGUAAAAGCAACCCAGGAGCGAUGGCCAAAGGCGACAUGUGUUAUAUACACCGGUGACCAUGAAGUCACCAAGACUACCAUGGUCGAAAGGGCCGAGACUCGAUUCAAUAUCCGUCUCCAUGCACCGACGAUAGUAUUGUUAUAUCUUUCCACGCGGAAAUAUGUUCUCAGCAGCAUGUACCCACAUAUGACACUUCUUGGACAGUCGCUCGGGUCUUUGAUUGUGGCAGUGGAUGCUUUCAAUCUUCUCGCUCCUGACAUUUAUGUUGACACAAUGGGCUAUGCAUUUACGAUUGCCCUAUCCAAAUAUUUGUUUCCCUUGGUUCCGACGGGGGCAUAUGUGCACUACCCUACUAUCUCCACUGACAUGCUGGAGUCUCUUGACGACGGAACUGGGGUCAAGGGAUUGAAUUCUGGAGCCGGUGUGGGAUGGAAAGGCGUCGCAAAGAAAAGGUACUGGAAGUUAUUCGCUAGAUUGUACGGCUGGAUUGGCAGCAAGGUCGAUGUGGUCAUGACCAAUUCGUCAUGGACUUCAGCCCAUAUUGAUUCUCUCUGGGGACCUUCACGAAAAAACCUAGAGCACGCAAAGGUCACAGUCGUGUUCCCGCCAACCGCUGUCUCCGAAUUACACUCUUCAAUCGAAGUGAACAGUGCGAGUGAGGCGACUCGAGAACCAAGCAUUCUCUACAUAGCACAGUUCCGGCCAGAGAAGAACCACUCGUUGGUGCUCCGUGCAUUCGCUCAGUUUCUUGACGAGAGACGCAAGGACCCUGCAAACGCAUCCCUCCCAACCCCCAAGCUCAUUCUGAUCGGGUCCGUCAGACAUGCCAGCCCCGACGAGACACACAUCUACAACCUGCGUCUCCUGGCACAUGAAUUACAUAUCCGAGAACAAACCGAGUUCAUAUGCGACGCCAGCUGGCCGACAAUCCUUUCACACCUAGGCACGUCUUCCAUUGGCACCAAUGCCAUGUGGAACGAGCAUUUCGGGAUCGGCGUGGUUGAGUACCAAGCCGCCGGACUCAUCAGCGUAGUCCAUGACUCGGGCGGUCCGCGCGAAGACAUCGUGAUUGAUAUGGGCGACGGCGCAACGGGCUUCCGCGCCACGACCGAAGACGAAUUCGCUGCCGCCUUUGAGGCUGCUCUGGCUCUUCCGCAGGAAGAAAAAGUCGCCAUGCGUCUACGUGCCCGCAAGUCUGCGUUGCGUUUCACAGAGGAAGAGUUUGGACGCAAAUGGCUCAUUGCACUUGAGAAGUUGAUUUCUCAGCAGCGCCGGCUGGCGAAAUCGACAAAGACGUAG